AUAACAGGUUUGUCAAGUCUUGAAAAAUCUUUAGAUCUUUCUGUACAUUCAGCUUCCUCGAACACAGCGACCAUUCCUGGACUCUUUCUGCACAGGUGCUUGAGAGGACCAUGCUCUUUCUCAGACAGAUUUGUAUGCUUUUUCUAGUUGUAUUGAUCAAUGCUGCAGAGCAGAGCGCUCCUGACAAAAAUUCCGGCUGUGUUUACGGUCACCCUGGGAUCCCUGGAGAUCCAGGACACAAUGGAAUGCCUGGUCGUGAUGGCAGAGAUGGGGCCAAAGGUGAUAAAGGAGAUAGAGGUGAUAUAGGAACAUGUGGCGAAGCUGGUAAAAACGGACCAAAAGGAGAUAAAGGAGAACCUGGUGUUCCUGGCAUAGCCGGUAUGAAGGGGAAGCAUGGAGACAAUGGAGAAAGGGGCCCCCCUGGUAAAAUGGGGCCCCAAGGCUUCUCAGGGCCACUGGGUUUGAAAGGUCAGAAGGGAGAACUUGGUUUGCCAGGACCACAGGGCAUCAAAGGGGACGUGGGUCCUAUAGGCCCUGAAGGACCACAAGGAGACAGAGGCUAUAAGGGAGACAAGGGCAUACAGGGUCCUUUUGGGCCCCCAGGACGACCAGGCCCAAAAGGUGAGCUCGGCCACCAAGGUAUCAAAGGCAGCAUUGGUGUUCGUGGUGAGAAAGGGUCAAAAGGGGACAUCGGGGAGCAAGGUCCAAAGGGGGACAUGCCUGAGAUACCAAAAAGUGCCUUCUCAGCUAGACUGAGCGAAAGCACCAAGUUACCUGCUGCUAAUGCUCCAAUUCGCUUUGAUAAAAUCCUCUAUAAUCGUCAGGGUCAUUAUGACCCUGAGACCGGCCGCUUUACUUGUGCCAUCAGCGGAGCAUAUUUUUUCUCCUACCAUAUCACUGUCUACUCUCGCAAUGUAAAAGUGGUCUUGAUGAAGAAUGGUCAGCGAGUGAUCUACACUAUGGACAGCUACCAAGGAGCUGAGGACCAGGCUGCUGGAGGGGCCGUCCUAGAACUGGAGGUCGGAGAUAAAGUGUGGUUGCAAGUGGCUGAUAAACAGCUAUUUAACGGGUUAUAUGCAGAUGAAGACGAUGACACUGUUUUUUCUGGAUUUCUUCUUUUUGCAACCUAAAGAUGUUGCCCCAAAGAGGAAUACAGUGGUGCAAAUCCAUGCUUUGAAUUCACUCGUGUUAUUAUAAUUUUCAAUAAAAUUUAAUCAUCCUUGUGCUUAGAUUUAUCUGUGAACAAAAUGGUGUGUGUAUCACUAUUACUAUAGAUAGCAUUCCUAGGUUAAAGUCAGCAUAAAACAGAAGUUGCGAUUGUCUUUCCCUGUAUAUCUGAUUUAAACGGCUUCUCGAACAAGAAAAAAAGUAGGACGGGACUUAAUUGUCCAUUAGGAACUGAUUGGAUCGUUGUUGUUUUCUCUCACGUGAAUGACAGGUUGCUGGAGAGGUGGGAUUAUUGUCCCAUCCUCAUGGUGACACACGUCAUCAGAGAGGAGAUGCGAGCGGGAGGAGAAAUUUAUGUUUUGGAUGAAUUAUUUGAAAUCUAAAAAAAUAACUAUGUGCAUGGAUAAAUCAUGUAUAAUAAGUCACAUUUAUUUAUAGCGCUUUAUACAAAACAGAUUGUUUCAAAGCAGCUUCACAUUAACAGGAAAAUUACAGUGUUAAUGUUGUAAAAUGCAUCAGUUAUUAAAUGAAUUCAAUUUCAGCUGUAAAAGCAGCAUCAUUAUUCAGCUCAGUUUAAUUGUUUUCAUUUAGUUCAAUAACUGAGUGUUGCACACUUCAUAAAUUAUAAAUGUAAUGUAUAUGUAAAUGUAAAUUAUAAAAUGAGUUCAAUUCAGAUAUAAGCAGCUCUACAGAAGAUAAUAGUGCCAUUAUUCAUCUUAAAUCAGUUCAUUGUUGAUUCAAUAAAAUUCAAAAACCGUCAACGCUGCAA